CCUAAGAAGGCCCGCUUCGUUCUAACUUACUAUGGCUUAUUUCAGAGGGAGUGCCUUUCCAUUCACGUUGGCCAAGCUGGCAUCCAGAUUGGGGAUGCUUGCUGGGAACUCUACUGCCUGGAACAUGGAAUCCAGCCAGACGGCGUUGUUCUCGACAGUAAAAAGGAUCAGGUGGAGAAUGCUAAAAUGGAACAUAUGGGCGCGUCUUGCAGUGCCUUCUUUAGUGAGACCCGAGCCGGGAAGCACGUGCCCAGAGCCCUCUUCACGGACCUGGAGCCAACUGUUAUAGAUGGGAUCCGAGCCGGCCAGCAGCGCUCGCUCUUCCCGCCGGAGCAGCUCGUCAGCGGGAAGGAAGACGCGGCAAACAACUACGCCCGAGGCCGCUACUCUGUCGGCAUGGGCAUCAUCGACCUCGUGCUGGAGAGGAUCCGAAAGCUGGCGGAGCAGUGCAGUGGGCUUCAGGGCUUUUUGAUUUUCCGGAGCUUUGGAGGAGGGACUGGAUCGGGAUUUACAUCCCUCUUAAUGGAGAGGCUCGCGGCAGAAUAUAGCAGGAAGACAAAGCUGGAGUUCUCGGUCUAUCCGGCCCCCAGGAUCUCCACUGCUGUCGCAGAACCUUACAACUGCACCCUCACCACCCACUCCACCCUGGGGCACUUGGACUGCACCUUCAUGGUGGACAACGAGGCCGUCUAUGACAUCUGCCACCACAAACUCGGUGCCGAACGCCCCUCUUAUGCCAACAUUAAUAGGCUGAUAGGUCAGGCGGUCUCUUCCAUUACUGCUUCCCUCCGGUUUGAAGGGCCCUUGAAUGUGGACCUGACUGAAUUCCAGACCAACCUCGUACCGUAUCCGAGAAUACAUUUCCCCGUGACAGCCCUUGCCCCCAUCGUCUCUGCCGACAGCGCCUACCACGAGGAGCUCUCCGUGUCCGACAUCACCGCUGCUUGCUUUGACUUCUCCAAUCAGCUGAUCAAGUGCGACCCUCGGCUGGGGAAGUACAUGGCCUGCUGCCUCCUCUACAGAGGGGACGUGGUCCCUAAAGAUGUGAAUGCAGCCAUUGCAGCCACGAAGCUGAGGAGCUCUGUGCAGUUCGUAGACUGGUGUCCAACCGGUUUCAAGGUGGGCAUCAACAGCCGGCCACCCACGGUGACGCCAGGAGGGGACCUGGCCGAGGCCCGGCGGGCUGUGUGCAUGUUGAGCAACACCACGGCGGUCGUGGAGGCCUGGGCCCGCCUGGACCGCAAGUUCGACCUCAUGUACGCCAAGAGGGCGUUUUUACACUGGUACGUCGGAGAAGGCAUGGACGAAGGCGAGUUCUUAGAGGCCAGGAAAGACUUGGCAGCCCUGGAGAAGGAUUACGAAGAAGUGGGGCAAAGUCCCUGAGGCAAAUGUGGCCGGUGAGGAUGAAGACUCCAUCAAAGCCCGUGCUUUCUUUUCAGGACACUAUUUACGCCUCGCGGGUAGAUGUCCCCAUUAGAAGAAACUGGAAACCGAAUCAAGCAAGACCCUGAGUUCCACACUAGAUGAGAUGGCUCGGUUCCAACAAUGGCUCAGAUUUCCUUGUCUGUAGUGGAGUUGAGCACGGCUCCCUUGAACCUUUCAGGUUUGGGGUCCUUCUAGCUACUGGAUCACAUCUAUGUUUCUUUCCUUCUUUUUUUUUUUCUCAUAAUGGAAACCUAGCUCUAUUCUUGGCUUUUGCAACGAAAGACCAUGAACCCCUAAAGCCAGUGCUCUUGCUUUCCCUUUCCUGAGGUGUAAAACAGCACAUGUUAAUUAUUACUGUUAUUUCCCCCGUGCCUAUGUUUUGUACGUUGAUUAAAUAAUGAAUAUUUUCAGUAUCAUUCUUUUCUUUCUUCCAAAUGUGGGCCUUAACGUCUCAGUUUGCUGUUUAUACAAAGAAACCAGUAGCAAGAAUAUUCUUGGGUCUUCCAAACAUUUUUUUUUAACGUUGAUUUAUUUUUGAAGGAGAGAGAGACAGAGCGUGAGGAGGGAAGGGCAGAGAGAGGGGGGAGACACAGAAUCCGAAGCAACCUCCAGGUCUGAGCUGUCAGCACAGAGCCCGACACAGGGCUUGAACCCGUAAACCACGAGAUCAUGACCUGAGCUGAAGUCGAAGGCUUAGCCCGCUGAGCCACCCAGGCACCCCGGGUCUUUCAAACAUUUGCAUCUGUGAUCCUGUGGGUCAGAAGGUGAAAGUGAGCUCCCUCGGCUCCCCAUCCUUGAAGAGACGUUCUCGAAGUGUGACUGGCAGAGCCCUGCAUCAGACCCAGUUGAGAGGUUUGGGGGAAAAAAUGCAUAAUCUUGAGCUUCGCUGUGGACUUGCUGGGUGAGAAGCCCUGGGGACUGGAGAGGGCAUGAUGACCCAAGAGUUGGAAGUUAAAAAAACAAAAACAAAAAACACGUAAUGGAAUUCAUUUUUGGUACUAAAUUAUCCCACUUUCAAACCAGCUAUAACUCAAAAUGGAAAAAAUAGCUAUAAAUGCAGUAAAACCGUCAGCCACUUUUUUUUUUUUAUAAUUCACGAUAUUUAGUCUGCCUAAUUGUUGGAAGGUGAACUAGAUACUGCAAAGUCUUGCUCUUGAGCUGAUGGUAGUUUCCAGGUGCCUCCAUCAGCUGUGGUGUUUACCUUACAGCCCUGGUCCUCCUGUGUCCUCUCUUGGCCUCAGCGUGGUCAGGGCUUUUGGUUCGGGCAGAUACUCUGAGGGUAAUAGAUGCCAAAGCCUUGGCUGAAGGCGUAAAGUCGGGUGUCCUAUUGAGAGGUUUGCCAAACUGCUGCAUUACCAUCUCCUUGCCUAUGCCAAGACCCAGAACGGCCCCUCCACCUUUACUGGUGUCCUGGUAGAUGCUUUUAGGUACUGACCUCACCGCCCUGGGAUGUGGCCUUCAGGAGCUCCAUUCGCACGAUGGACCGUUUUGCCUGCUUUCCGCUCACACGUUGCCACCACGGAGGCCAGUGAGCACAGUUUGGUGGAGAUGAUGUCUCCACACCUUAAGACAUGCCUGUCUGUCAAGAUACGGUUUUCCCCAGCCCAGCCAUCGGUGAGUUCUUGCUCAGUCCUCAAGUCUCUGAGCAUUUGGCUGGAUCCGCUUCGGACUCUACUUCCGAGGCCCCCUGCCAAGGGCUGAGCCUCCACUGAUACUAAAACGACUUCGUACCAGAGUUCCCUUUGGACCCCGAGGCCUGUUAAUCCUAAGAUGUGCCAAGACUUCAGCAUAGUAACAGGGAAAGGAAUACGAUUCUCAUUCCUAUAUCUCUGACUUGCUGUGAUCAAAUACUUGGAGGAAAGUAAAAAAGAAAAAAGAAAAGAAAACUUUUUUCUACAAAGAAAGGAGUGAUUCGGUGCUCUCUGUGGUCACUUUCAGCAAAUCCAACAUAGACCAACAGUGGGUUGUGUGGCUCUGUAUUUAAGGGUGAAAGAAAACCUUCAAUACUUGAAGGAUCCCUCUGCCAAUAUCCAAAUUUACAGGGCUCCAUUUUUCGACCAACCUAUGUGUCCAAUAUGCUCUCUUAUUAAGUAGUAAAUAAAGAUAUUUGAUGACCUAAAUAUAAUGGAUAGUCCACAUACCGGUGAGUUUUAGGAUUAGGUCUCCUAAGACGUAGUCAUCAAAAUGCAAAUACUAGUCUCUAGACUGUUGUUUUUUUUUUUUUUUUAACAAAGUUUAUCACCAAAUGGUACAGCGUAAGUCGUGGCAUUGUUACAACUAUGUGAUUUUGAAAUGUCUACCUCCCCACAUCUUAAAAUCCCUGCCUUGAAUACAGUUACUUCUCCAGGUCCUUGCCAGUCCCAAGAUUUUGUGAGUCUAAGAUUUGAUUCACUUGUGAUGCCACAUGCCUCCAUAUGCCAUACGUGAUAUUAGAUUUACCAGGUA